CCUCCCUGGGCGCCGCCAUUUUCGGCGCCGCUGCCCGGCGAAGGGGUGGGGUCAUGGUGCCUGCGCGGGCCCGGAGCGAGGGGCUGCCGCCGCGGGAGCGUGCCCGGCGGGAGGAUGCGCGGGGCCGAGGUGAGCCGAGGCCAGGCCAGGUGGUGCCGGCAACCCCCAGUGCUGGCCGACCGCAGGAACCGUGGAUGGAACAGACAUCUGAGCAGCUGAACUUUUUAUUGAAGGCUUGUGUGUAGACCCUGCUGCGUGAAUGACUGCGGCAUGAAAAUGCUCCCUGGAGUGGGUGUGUUUGGAACUGGCAGCACCGCCCGGGUACUGGUGCCCUUGCUGAGAGCAGAAGGCUUCUCCAUUGAAGCUCUCUGGGGGAAGACUGAAGAGGAAGCCAAGCAGCUGGCAGAGGAAAUGAGCAUCUCCUUCUACACGAGUCGAACUGAUGAUGUCUUGCUGCACCAGGAUGUAGAUUUGGUUUGCAUCAAUAUCCCUCCACCACUAACUCGGCAAAUUGCUGUGAAGGCUCUAGGAAUAGGGAAGAAUGUGAUCUGUGAGAAAGCUGCUACCUCUGUGGAUGCCUUCAGAAUGGUGACAGCUGCCAGGUACUACCCUAAGCUGAUGAGCAUUGUUGGCAAUGUUCUCCGUUUCUUGCCCACCUUUGUGAAGAUGAAGCAAUUGAUAGAGGAACACUAUGUGGGCACCGUGAUGAUAUGUGACGUGCGAGUGUAUGGGGGAAGCCUGCUCAGCCACAAGUACAACUGGAUCUGUGAUGAGCUGAUGGGAGGAGGUGGCCUGCAUACGAUGGGAACCUAUAUUAUUGACCUUCUGACUCACCUCAUCAGCAAGAGAGCAGAGAAGGUCCAUGGUUUGCUCAAGACUUUUGUGAAGCAGAACACAGCCAUAAGUGGUAUCCGCCAUGUUACUAGCGACGACUUCUGCUUCUUCCAGAUGCUGAUGAGCGAUGGCAUCUGUUGCACUGUGACUCUCAACUUCAACAUGCCUGGAUCAUUCAUCCAUGAAGUCAUGGUUGUGGGGUCUGCCGGUCGCCUUGUAGCUCGCGGGACGGACUUGUAUGGGCAGAAAAACACUGCUCUCCAGGAAGAACUACUGUUUACAGACUCUCUGACUGUCAACAAGGGCCUUCUGGAUCAGGGGUUUAAAGACAUCCCACUGCUUUACCUAAAAGGAAUGGUGUACAUGGUGCAAGCACUGCGGCAGUCUUUCCAGGACCAGGAAGACCGUCGGACAUGGGAUCACAAACCUGUCUCCAUGGCAGCCUCCUUUGAAGAUGGUCUGUACAUGCAAAGUGUAGUAGAGGCCAUCAAGAAGUCCAGCAGGUCAGGGGAGUGGGAGGCUGUGGAGGUGAUGACUGAGGAACCAGAUGCCAAUCAAAACCUCUGCGAGGCACUUCAAAGAAAUAACUUAUGAACAUUCUUCCUUGGGGGAUAGGAUAGUUUAGGACAGUCAACACUGCUGGCUGUAAUGUAAAGAACCUCUGUUUUUAAGAUAUGUAGAUUCUUAUUUAAUAACCCACCUCCCUUGGUUUUUUAAACAUAAAAUGUGUCAUGCUCUGAGAGAAACUGUUCUGAUUUAAAUUGUUUAAAGAGUUUUAAAUGUUUCUGUUUUUACAAACAUUUAAUUUUAGUCUUGGUGACCGGUAGGAAAACUUGAAUUGCCCUUUGCACUUGCUGAAGUGAAGCCUGGGAGCUCUGCCACUGUGUGGCUCUGGAAUGGGACACAGGACACAGCCCCUGUUGCACACAGUGCCUUUUUUCAUGUUUUUUAUGUGACGGCACACAGGGCAAGAUCAGGGAGUAUCUUUUGUUCAGAUGCCUUUUCCUUCUCUCUUGGGUAAGUUCUACUCCUCAGUUUGCAAAAUCUGGUAAAAGAAUUUAGUGAUGGAUCAUGUCUCUGAAUAAAAAGGACAAAAGGUAGAAAUAGGAUAAAAAGUAAAAGGACAAAAAGCAGAAGGAAGAUUGGAUUCCAGUUUGCAACACAAUCAGCUUUCUGGCUUCCUGCACAUGGCAGAUGUCUUUCAAAUUCAUUUAGACUGGUAUUUUAUUUAAAUGAUGCUAUGAAUUUUCUGUUGCCUGUGUCCUGGCAGGUACAUGUACCUGUGCUGAUUUGUGCUGUUUUCCCGUAUCUCUAGACAUUAUUCCUUCUACUCAAGAGGUCACCUGCAUCCAGCAGCUUUGUUCCAUAAGCUCUGUGUCUGUUGGUUCUUUACUGCCCAGCAGCACUGGGGACUGUGGGGCUAUGUCCCCAUUCCUGUGACUGUUCAUAAAUGCCUCUCAGGGUCACAGGAGUUCCAUAGUGCUGUGGAAAAUGAAGUUGGGCAUCAUUAACCUUCCAGGGACCUGACAGUGGGAAGUAGGGAGGCAUUUCCUACCUUUUGCAGCUCUCUUUGCGUGCUGGCUGGGUUACUCUUACCCUAUACACAUCCUGAUAGUUGAGGGAAUGGGGACUGGCCUGUCAUGAUUCAGACUGCUCUUAAUCUCCAACACUGGAUAUUAACCCUCUGUCCCUGCCCACCCUCACUUGCUCCUGCAGCUUGUGUCCAGUAGAGAGAUUUGUUGGCAGAUGAUGGGUGGAGGUUCAUUCCAUUGGAGAAAUGUUUCUCUCUGAGGGAGACAUGUGCUAAGGAUAGUCCAAUUUUACUACAUUUAUUUUGUCUACUUGAAAGCUUUUUUUAAUGCAUUUCCCACUAAAUUGUAACUCAGUGUAUUUAAGUAUAUUAACAGGCAAACUGCUGUUUGAUAAACUGGUCCUUCCUGAAAAGUGUCUUGUUUUCUACAGAAAUAAAAAGUUGUGUUUGUUGAAAACA